AAAUAAAAUCCCUAAAAUAAAUAUCUUUCACAAAAAUGGGAAUGGAGGUGAUGCAAUUGCAACACACUCCCCUUUGUUGUAGUACUAUUUCUCACAAAUUAGAAAGAUAACUAGGGUUUGAUCGAAAGUAUGACACAUGUUUCCGAUUGUGUUUUGAUGGGAGGUUGACAGAGAGAUAAGGUGAAUGUGAAAUAGGAUCGGCCACCCCAACAUAUUGUGCUCCACUGAAACCCAAUCCAAUCUAUCCAAUGCCUGCCACAUGUUCGACCAUUUGCCUGACUGAAUCAAGAUCACCAUCUGUCACUGGUUUUGUUCUACAGUUGCUGAUAAUAAACGAUUGGCUUUGGUUGCUCGCGGUUAAGAGUACAGACACCAAACAACUAUCAUCUCCACGUGUCCCAACAAUGCCGCCAGUUUUCCUUUCAACUUGUUGGUAGCCAAUAUGAAAGCAGGCAUAUAGUUCAGGACCAAAAGCAUAACUUUUUAGCUACUUGAUGACAUCACGUGACUAGAUAGAUGAACAACAUGUGAGGCCAGUGUACUCCCAUUAACCCCUUUUUAUCACCACCACCACCCCACCAAUCCAUGAACCCAUAAACAACAACAGAGCAUUCUUGCUCUAUCUUCCUCAACCUUCAUCCAGUCUCACCCAAACCCAAUGGAACGUGCACGCAGGCUCGCCAACAAAGCCAUCCUCAGGCGCCUAUUAUCCCAAACCAAACGCAACCCAUCAUCCCCAGCCCUCUAUUCUCCUUCACGGUAUGUCUCCUCCUUAUCUCCAUACAUAUGCAGUGGCCCUAACAUUAGAUCCGAUAGAAACAUCACCGGGUUCGGUUCACAAACCCGGUCCAUAUCAGUAGAUGCAUUGAAACCAAGUGACACUUUCCCACGUCGCCAUAAUUCAGCCACCCCUGAUGAACAAAUCAAAAUGGCUGAAUUCGUCGGCUACCCGAAUCUCGACUCGCUCAUUGACGCCACUGUGCCGAAAUCUAUCCGUCUUGAUUCCAUGAAGUAUUCCAAGUUCGAUGAGGGGUUAACCGAGUCGCAAAUGAUUGCACACAUGCAAGAUUUAGCUUCUAAGAACAAGAUCUUUAAGUCGUUUAUCGGUAUGGGGUAUUACAACACUUAUGUGCCCACUGUUAUAUUAAGAAACAUUAUGGAGAACCCGGGUUGGUAUACGCAGUAUACGCCGUACCAAGCUGAGAUCGCCCAGGGCCGGCUUGAGUCCUUGCUCAAUUUCCAAACCAUGGUGACUGAUCUAACGGGCUUGCCCAUGUCGAACGCUUCGUUGCUUGAUGAAGGGACUGCUGCUGCUGAAGCUAUGGCUAUGUGUAAUAACAUUCUAAAGGGUAAAAAGAAAACGUUUAUUAUUGCUAGUAACUGUCACCCGCAAACUAUCGAUAUUUGUAAAACUCGGGCUGAUGGGUUUGAUUUAAAGGUGGUUACGUCGGAUCUUAAGGAUUUCGAUUACUCGUCUGGUGAUGUGUGUGGGGUUCUGGUUCAGUAUCCGGGGACCGAGGGUGAGGUGUUGGAUUAUAGUGAGUUUAUUAAGAAUGCGCACGCGAAUGGGGUGAAAGUGGUCAUGGCUAGUGAUUUGUUGGCUUUGACUGUUUUAAAGCCGCCGGGUGAACUUGGGGCGGAUAUCGUGGUCGGUUCGGCUCAACGGUUUGGCGUUCCUAUGGGUUAUGGUGGUCCGCAUGCAGCUUUUCUUGCGACGUCCCAAGAGUAUAAGCGAAUGAUGCCUGGAAGGAUUAUCGGUGUUAGCGUUGAUUCUUCAGGGAAACCGGCUUUACGUAUGGCGAUGCAGACCCGUGAGCAACAUAUCAGGAGGGAUAAAGCAACUAGCAACAUUUGUACAGCUCAGGCGUUGCUUGCAAACAUGGCUGCUAUGUUCGGUGUUUACCACGGACCUGAAGGUCUAAAGACCAUUGCCAAACGGGUCCACGGUCUAGCUGGCACGUUUGCUGCAGGUUUGAAGAAGUUAGGGACAGUACAAGUUCAAGAUCUCCCCUUUUUCGACACUGUGAAAGUAACAUGUGCUGAUUCAAGCGCGAUUGCUGAAGAAGCUUACAAGCACAACAUGAAUCUCCGUAUUGUCGACAAAAACACUAUCACUGUCUCAUUCGAUGAGACAACAACGAUUGAAGAUGUUGAUACUUUGUUCAAAGUUUUUGCAUUAGGAAAACCUGUGACCUUCACUGCUGCAUCCAUUGCACCCGAGGUUCAGGAUGCUAUCCCAUCUGGGCUUGUAAGGGAGACUCCGUAUAUGACCCAUCAAAUUUUUAACACGUAUCAUACGGAGCAUGAGCUACUAAGAUACCUUAGCAAAUUGCAAUCAAGGGACCUUUCAUUAUGCCACAGUAUGAUUCCACUGGGAUCGUGUACCAUGAAGCUUAACGCAACUACAGAAAUGAUGCCUGUGACAUGGCCCGCCUUUGCAGAUAUUCAUCCUUUCGCUCCUACUGAACAGGCAAAGGGUUAUCAGGAAAUGUUCGAGAACUUGGGUGACUUGUUGUGUAGCAUUACUGGAUUCGAUUCAUUCUCGUUGCAACCGAAUGCUGGUGCUGCUGGAGAAUAUGCCGGACUGAUGGUUAUCCGAGCAUAUCAUAUGGCAAGAGGAGAUCAUCAGAGGAAUGUAUGCAUUAUCCCAGUGUCGGCACAUGGAACAAAUCCUGCUAGUGCUGCUAUGUGCGGCAUGAAAAUCAUCACUGUGGGAACCGACUCGAAAGGUAACAUAAACAUCGACGAAGUACGCAAGGCUGCGGAGGCAAACAAAGAUAAACUAUCUGCUCUUAUGGUUACCUAUCCUUCAACUCAUGGAGUUUACGAAGAGGGUAUCGAUGAAAUUUGCAAAAUUAUUCACGACAAUGGCGGUCAGGUUUACAUGGAUGGAGCAAACAUGAACGCACAGGUUGGUUUGACGAGUCCAGGGUUUAUUGGUGCGGAUGUGUGCCAUCUAAAUUUGCACAAGACGUUUUGCAUUCCACACGGUGGAGGUGGUCCCGGUAUGGGUCCCAUCGGUGUGAAAAAACACUUGGCACCGUACUUGCCGUCACACCCUGUGGUGGCGACAGGUGGCAUUCCGGCCCCUGAACACAAUGAGCCGCUUGGUACCAUUGCUGCGGCCCCUUGGGGUUCGGCUCUUAUCUUGCCGAUAUCAUACACAUACAUUGCCAUGAUGGGAUCUCAAGGAAUAACAGAUGCAUCAAAGAUAGCUAUCCUGAACGCAAACUACAUGGCCAAACGUCUAGAGAAUCACUAUCCAAUUCUUUUCCGUGGUGUGAACGGAACGGUUGCCCAUGAAUUCAUUGUUGAUUUACGACCAUUGAAGACUACUGCUGGCAUAGAACCCGAAGAUGUUGCUAAACGUCUUAUCGAUUACGGGUUUCACGGCCCAACGAUGUCAUGGCCAGUUCCAGGAACACUCAUGAUUGAACCAACUGAAAGUGAAAGCAAGGCGGAGUUGGACAGGUUUUGUGAUGCUUUAAUCUCCAUUCGACAAGAAAUCGCGGAGAUUGAGAAAGGAACAGUUGAUCUCAACAACAAUGUCAUCAAGGGCGCUCCUCACCCGCCACAACUACUCAUGGCUGACAAGUGGACAAAACCGUAUUCUAGAGAAUACGCAGCGUACCCUGCUCCCUGGCUCCGUGCUGCUAAGUUCUGGCCUACUACAUGCCGUGUGGACAAUGUGUAUGGAGACCGCAACCUCAUCUGUACUCUUCAGCGACCAGAGGAGUAUGAAGAGAAAGCGGAAGCUACUGCUUAAGUGAGCUAUGAACUGCACCACGUGCUUGAAGGUUAUUUCAAAGAUUUAUACUUGAAUCUGUUCUUGUAUAUACACGGGUUUCGUGUUUCUAUGCCUUUUGGCUGCUGGAUUUUAUGAUAUUCCUGUAAUCAUGAAGACCAGCUGAUCUUAUAACAACGACCCCUUCUAAUGUACAGCUUUCACUUCUUGUGAAACACACCUUAUUAAGCUAUCUGUUAAAUCCAAAUACAAUAACUAAAGCUUUUCAAAA